AUGUCUGAUUCGCAAUCUACCUCUGUCCCUCAGGUACAACUUGGCGCGACGGAGCCAGUGCAGGCAGCGGAGGCUGGCGCCCCGGCGCGCUCUGAGAUUACUGCUACUGAAGGUGCAGCGCCGGUAGCUCCCACCGAGUCUACUGAGCUUAGCCAACCUUCGGUACCCAAUGAGGGUGUCCAAUCAACACCCGCUGCCCCCACGGUGGACACUUCGGCGCCUGCCGAGGGUGCGAAUCGCGAUGUACCCGCCCAAGAGGAUGCGCCGAAAGAGCCGCCAGCCAAUGACAGUAAGGCGACGCCGGAGACUGCAGCACCGGAAGUUGGUGCUACGGAGGCUCCCCCCGCAGGUUCGGAUGCUCAUGUUCCGUCUACGGCGGAGCCCGCAGCGCCUACGCCUGCGGAAGAGCAGUCUGCUCCGCCGGGUGCAAGUGGUCCUUCCUCGCAUGCGUCUGGAGAUGCCACUUCGACCGAUGACGGUUUGACACAUAUGGACAUGGCUAUGCCCCAUGUAAAGUAUGCCCAAAACACGAUUCGUUCUCUCAAGUCGCGUCGUGAGGCCGGUGCCUUCUUACAACCAGUCGAUCCCAUUGCCCUCAAUAUCCCCCACUAUACCCAAAUUAUUAAGGAACCUAUGGAUCUUGGUACCAUUGACCAAAAGCUCGCUCUGACGGCGCACCGCAUGAAAACUACACAGGGCGCCCAGAGUCGCUUGUCGGAUAAACUAAAACAGGCCAUUGAUAAUGGCCGUAUUAAUCCUGAAGUGGACUUCUACACGCGUGUCGAAGACUUUGAGCGUGACGUAUUCCGUGUGUUUAACAACUGCGUGCGAUUUAAUGGCGUUGAGCACAUCUUCUCGAAGAAUGCUGAAGUGCUUCGUGGCGUCUUUGAAAAGCAGCGCAAGGGUCUCGCGACGGCCGUGGCUGUGGCCGAAGAGCAAAACUCACCUGAAGCCAAGGCACGCCGCAACUCGUCUUCGCUACCGACUAUCCGCCGGUCUACCAAUGGUGGGCGCCCUAAGCGUGAGAUUCAUCCGCCUGCGUCGCGUGACUUGCCGUGGACGGAGGAACACCUGCAUCCGGCUUCGAAACGCGCCGUGGCCGCCCGUCUGGGCAAGAGCACGGAUAAUUUGUCGCCACGUGAACAGUCGUACUGGUCGAAGGUGAUUAGUGACGAGCUCAAGUUCUGCUACCGCGUGAUUGAUGAUCUGCUGAAGCCUGCGCACCAGGACUUGGCGUGGGUGUUUUACGACCUGCCUGCAAAAGACUUUGACUGGGCGCCUGCCUACUAUCAGAUUAUCAAGAAGCCAAUUGCCCUCAUUCCUAUCCAGCGCAAGCUGAAAAGCGGUGGUUACGCAGACCUGGCUGCCUUUGAUGCCGAUAUGCAGCUUAUGUUCCGCAACUGCUUCACCUUUAACCCACCUGACUCGGACGUGUACAUCAUGGGUGCGCGCCUGAAGGAUGUGUACGAAACGAAGAUGCAAAAGAAACCUGUGCCACCGCCGCUCCCUGCAGAGGAUGAGGACGAGGACGAUGAUGACGAUGACGAGGACGAUGACGAGAUUGAUGAGGACGGCACUAAUGCUGUGCUCGUUCAGCAGCUUCAAAAACAGAUUGCGGAGCUAGAAGGCACGCUCGAGACCCUGGAAAGCGGCAAGAGUAAGAACCCGCUGUUGAUCACCAGCACUCGUGUCGCGCUCAAUUCUGUGCAAGCUGCCCUGGCUGGUGCGAUGAGUGUGGCGGGCAUGACAAAGCGCAAGGGCAAGAAGCGUCAUGCUUCGUCGAUGGACAAAAAGGCCAAGGGUGACAAAAAGAAAAAGUCCAGCCCUGCGAAGAAGGCGCGCACCGGCUCUUCCCCGACUCCUCGGAAGCGCAUGACUGGCUCGGAUGAAGAAGACGUGCGCACUGUCACGUUUGACCAGAAAGAGGAACUGGCGGCUAAGAUUACAGAGCUGUCGGACGAACGAUUGGAGGGUGCCAUCCGUAUCAUUAACGAGGACAAGCCCGCGGGUACUGAGGGCACAGAGGACGAGGAAAUUGAGCUUGACAUUGAUGAGCUCUCUCCUCAGACGCUCUACAAGCUGUACAAAUAUGUCGUGCGCCCGAAGAAAAAGACUGGUCCAGAGCUGGGCCCGAAUGGGAAGCCGAUUCCGGCUAGUGCGCCCAUUGAUGGUCGCAAGCGUGGCACGGGUGGUCUGAAGAAGAAGAAUCUUGACGAAGAUGAGGAGGCCGCCCGUAUAGCGCGACUCCAGCAGCAACUUCAACAGUUUAAUGAUGCUUCCUCGUCGGAUGCUCCCAAACCUGCCACGGCCCCCGAGCCUGAGGCUGCGGUGGGCAAACAUGAUGACCUAGUCCCGUCGGAUAGCUCGUCUGGAGAAGAAGACGACAGCGAGAGCGACAGCGGCAGUGACAUGGACUAG